GAAGAGAACGGGCGGACACUACUGCACUUUGCUGCACGAUACGGCUACAACGACAUCGCGCGCACGCUUCUCAAGCAUGGCGCAGCUGUCGACGCGCGGGCAGUGGACGGGUGGACACCGCUACACAUGGCUGCACGAAAUGGCCAUGUUGACAUCGCGCGCACUCUCCUCAAGCGCAGAGCAGCUGUCGAUGCGUACAAUCAGAACGGCGCGACACCGUUGUAUAUAGCUGCACAAAGGGGCCACGUCAACAUUGUGCGCACCCUU